AUGUUGUGUUGCUAUGCGCUGCUCUUCAGUAUCCUCUGGAUUGUGGUCUGGUUCUUGCGCGACCGGCAGACAUUGAGCUCCUACAAGGACAAGUAUGUCUUCAUCACAGGCUGCGACACGGGUUUCGGGAACAUGCUGGCCAAGCGCCUGGACAAGAAGGGCUUUCAGGUGCUGGCAGGUUGCCUAACCCAGAAGGGGGCUGAUAACCUGCAGCGGUCCAGCUCGCCAAACCUGCGCACCAUCCUGCUGGACGUCACCAACUCCGAGAGCAUCUCUAAAGCCGUGCAGUGGGUGAAAGGUGAAGUGGGAGAGAAAGGUGAGUCUCUCGCCCCGGUAGAAAUCCGGGGGGUGGGGGGCAGUGGGGUGAGUCAGGUCUGAGUGUGUGUUGUGCUUCUACAGAAAACACGGAGGAGAAAAGUCAAAGUUCUGGACACUGAAGUCAACUUUCUAAAACUGCAGCUUUCAGCCAAUGCAGUACUAGCCGGAACAAGAAAAGCUCUUGAAAAGAGCAGGGUUUUGAGACUGCAUUACUCAAAAACACAGGGCAGCUUAACUGGCUGGGCACCAGUGUGCUUAAGGAUUAAGACAGCAGCACAACUGCUAGUAUAAUUGCUGCUUUGCUGCUGUUGCUGAACUUAAGCUGCUGCCUUAUGCCUGACCAUUGAUCCAGACAGCCCAAUGCUGUCAACACUGGCUGGCAGUGGCUUUUCAUUGUUUCAGACAGGAGUAUUUCCCCAGUCUCCUAGAGACUGAAACUAGGUUGUUCUGCAUGCACGACAUGUGCUCAUUAAUGCUCGAGUUGCAGCUUAUUAUUACUAGCUUUAAUUUACAGUGUGGUGUACUCAUUAUAUUGCGAUCCCAACAUAGGUCACAAUUAUACCCAUUUUACAGGUAGGGAAGUGAGAUAGAAUAAUGUAUACUGUCAUACCUUGGAAGUCAAAUGGAAUCCGUACCAAAAAUCUGUUCGACUUCCAAAACAUUCGAAAACCAAAGUGCGGCUUCUGAGCCGCGAAAGCCUCAUCGGACAUUUGGCUUCCAAAAAUUGUUUGGAAACCAGAAGAGUCACUUCCAGGUUUCGAUCGUUCGGGAGCCGAUUUGUUCGGGAGCCAAGGCAUUCGAGAUCCAAGGUAUGACUGUACUCUUAAACCCAGAUCUCUAAGCUUCGGCUACAAGAUGUUGGUAACAACUCAGCAUUUUAUCUCCCAUAAUAAACCUUUGCAUACAAAACAUCUCAGGCUUAAUCUUUGGUAUCACCCAUUAAAAAGGGGUAGUAAGGCUGAAUUUCCAUCUGAAAUUUUGGGAGAGACGCUGGCAAGCACGGUACACCGUACUAGGUCAUUUGAGACAACAGUCUGACUCAUUAUAAGGCAACUUCGCGUAGCAUCUUUUUUUCCCCACAGCGAAAAACACAGGAUGCUAUAAAGCCAAGGUGUGAUCUGUCUCUUUUUCGUCUCCCCAAUAAUUCUCCCUCUCCAGGGCUCUUUGGCCUGGUGAACAACGCAGGUGUAGCCAACCCCAUUGGCCCCACAGAAUGGAUGGGCGUGGAGGAUUACCGCAAGGUCAUGUCUGUCAACACCUUUGGGGUCAUCGAGGUAUCUCUGGCCUUCCUACCUUUGCUCAAACGGGCACGUGGCCGAGUGGUCAACACCUCCAGCGUCUUGGGUCGCCUCUCAGCCAAUGGCGGUGGCUACUGUGUUUCCAAAUACACUGUUGAGGCCUUCUCCGACAGCCUCAGGUAGGAGAACAGGUAGGGCUUUGCUUGUGCUCACCCCAUAGUUGCGGUCAGGUUUCCCACAUCUGAUUCUCAUAGCCCUUUGCUUCCUUGUGUUCUCUUCCAUCCCUUUUCCUCCUGCUUUCCUCAUUUCCUCACAUUCUCUCUCUCUCUUAUAUUUAUAUUCCACUUUUCCUCCAGGGAGCUCAAGCUCAUGUAAAUGAUUCUCCCAUGUUCCCAUUUUAUCCUUGCCACAACACUGCGAGGUUGGUUAGGCUGAGAGACCAAGGUUACCCAAUGACCUUCAGGGCUGAGGGAGGGGAAUUUAAACCCUGGCUUCCCAGGUCCCCUUUCCUGACACCCUAACAACUGUGUGACACUGAUUCUACAUUGCCCUCCAUGGUAAGCCUACUUUAUUCCAGUAGACAUCCUCUCACAGGGCCGGCCCACUCAUGAGGCAAAGUAAGGCAGUCGCUUCAGGUGGCAGAGCCGGGUCCAGGGAGCAUGCAGCUAAUCUGUACCGCUGCUUGCCACCUUCUCCAUGCCCUUGCCUCCCGCCACCACAGCACAAUGGCGGGGGGUGGGGGGUUUGGGGGUGCAGCAGCACAGGUAUGGCAGGGGAGGAAAUGGCAGAGGAGAGUGGGCCUGGAUCUGAGCAGAAGGAGUGGCCAUAGGGAUUGUUGCCUCAAGCAACAACAUGUCCUGGGCUAGCCCAGCCCCCUCUUCUUUAAUACGGGGUGGACUUUGGUCUUUCAGAUUUCAGCAGUGCCCUGUGCCUGGCCAAAAAAUUGGCACCCACACCACUUGCCUUCUGUUCUGCUCAAUUCUGUGGCACCCUAUACACCUAGAAGUUUGCAGACAUAGCCGGAAUACUGCAGUUGACUUGCCGAUCAUAAGGUUGGAGGUUCGAUCCCCUUGACGGGGUGAGCUCCCGUUGCUCUAUCCCAGCUCCUGCCAACCUAGCAGAUCGAAAGCACACCAGUGCAAGUAGGUUAAUAGGUACCAAUGCGGCAGGAAGGUAAACGGUGUUUCCAUGUGCUCUGGCUUCUGUCACAAUGUUCUGUUGCGCCAGAAGUGGUUUAGUCAUGCUGGCCAUAUGACCUGGAGAGCUGUCUGUGGACAAACGCCGGCUCCCUUGGACUGAAAGCGAGAUGAGCGCCACAACCCCAUAGUUGCCUUUGACUGGACUUAACCGUCCAGGGGUCCUUUACCUUAGCUUUUUACUGCAGUUGGAAGCAGUGUUCAGGUGGAAAUAGGCAAAGAAAGAAAAAAGUCCAGGAAAAUCCGGAUGCGUGGCAACCUAUGUCGGCAGUGUCAAAACAAAAACCUUUUUUAAAAAAUAAAAAAACACCUCAACAACUUUUGACAAUUCCUUCAGCCUCAAGCUCCUUUUAUAGCUGAAUUUUGCCAGCAGCCGGACUGCCAGAGGGGAGAAACACCUUAGAUCAACUGCUCCUCCUGCUGGUGGGAAAGGAGUAGUAUUUGCCUUUGGAAGGAUAAUGCCCAGUUCUGAUGUGUUGUAGCUCAUUCUGAGCCAUGGAUUUAGCAUCACAUCUGAACACAGUCAGUGUCCCACAUCUAGAAAGGAUGGGUUGUAGCCAACUAAGUGUUACUCAGAGUAGACCGCUUGAAAUUAAUGAGCUUAAAUUAAUGGUUUUCAACAGGUCUACUGUGAGAGUGAUAAUGUUGGAUGGAACCCCAUGGAUUUCACACUUCUGCAGUUGGGAAAUGCAUCAGUCCAUUUGGUGCAUGUCCUCAGCAUAAAUUCCAGACCUCCACACUUCGAAACUAGAUGCUGAGACAAAGCCCAAUCUCAAGCUAUGCCUUUUCAGAUCUCGUUCUACACACUCUGCAGCUUCAACCUAGGGGAAGCCAAUUCAGUCUCUUCCCAUCCUGCAGUUCAGUGAGUCUCAGCAUGGCACUCCCAUCCAAACAGGUGGAAGCGAUCAUCUGUUCUGGUUGCCGAUUAAUUAGUGUAUCCAUUCUCUGCAUCACCACCCUGGGCUAAACCAGAACCUAACAGGAGAGCACGAGUGAAAUCACAUAACAGGUGGCAGUAUACAGUAUACAUUAAAUCAGUUGUUAUUUUAAAGCGGAUCUUUAGAUAUGGAAGGGUGCAAGAGACUUCUUCAUCGCCUUUUCCAUCUUGUGUUCCCAUACCACAGCUGCUAUAAUUGCCAGGAAGGAGAAGGUUCACUGAUAAUGGCCUUUCCCCAUGUUUUCAUCCCGGUUCUAGCAGUGCAAUCACGCUAGGGCUCCGAAUUAUUUUAAGCUGCGACGUAAAGUAAUAUAGGAAAAAGGAAUUGUUUUGAUGACAAAAGUCAAGUGUGGCAUCACAGAGGGGCAGAUUUCCCACAACAGGAAGCUGCUUGGGUGUUGAGCUUCCCUCUUUGUGCUGGCCGAACAUUGGAGUUGCCAAGUUUUUUUUUUGCUGGCAGCAAUCCUGUACUUUUAGCCACUGCACAAUAAUAGGUUCAGCAGUUGCAUUUCCCCCAUAAUAGAAAUAAAGAGCUCUAAAGCUUAUUUUAUGCAAAAAGUAAAGGUAGAAGCCCAGCCAGUAAAAAAAGGUGGAAGACAUAUGUACACAGACACAUGUUCACGAUCACUUGAUAUAGGCUGUGUUUACCUUUGCAGUUGCAAUCAAAUUUAUUCAACCCCUCUCCAUUGCAAAUCAGGUUUAUUGUCAGAAUUGACAGACUUUCAGCUGUUUGCAAUGAGCAAAUCAAACAAAAAGCAACGGAAAUAGCUCUACACAAAGGAUGCUUCAAGCGGUUUGCCCAAAUUCAGCUGAAAUUGCAACAUACUGGCGUCUCCAGUCUCGCUAUUAUUCAACCCCUUCAUGGCAAGCUCAUGGAGUGUGUUCCUAAUCCUUGCAAUGGUGAGUAUGGAAUAUGAAACUCCUCUUUUUUUCUCUUUUUCAGGAGGGAUAUGUACCAUUUUGGGGUAAAGGUCUCUAUUGUGGAGCCGGGCUUCUUCAAGACGGCUGUGACCAACCUUGAAUCAAUAGAAGCCUCCUUAAGGCUACUCUGGGACCGAUUGAGCCCCGAGACUCGGCAGAGCUAUGGUGAAGACUUCUUUCCAAACUGUGAGUACCAGUGCAGCCACUGACUGCUGGAGGGAAAGCAAGGUUAGAUCUUGUUUCUGAAAUACAGGGCCGUUAGCUGUACAAAAGAACAGAACAGGCACAGAGCAGCAAUUAAUUCAAGCCCUAGCACAAGAAUGACUAACCUAAGUUUCCAGACCCAAAUGAUCAAGGGUCUGGAAACUAAGCCUUAUGAGGAACGCUUGAAGGAGCUGGGUAUGCUUAGCCUGGAAAAGAGGAGACAGAGGGGAGAUAUAAUAGCCAUCUUGAAAUGCCUUAAGAGCUGUCACAUGGAAGAGGGAGAAUGCUUGGAGGUUUUUAAGUGGAGGCUGGAUGGCCAUCUGUCAUGGAUGCUUUAGCUGAGAUUCUUGCAUUGCAGAGGGUUGUACUAGAUGACCUUGGGUCUCUUCCAAUUCUAAGACUCUAUGAUUCUAACCUGUGGCCCUCCUGAAGCUGCUGAACUACACCUCCCAUAGACCCAGACUAUCAGCCAUGCCGGCCAGGACUAAUGGAGGAUGGAGUCCAACAACACAUGGAAGGCCAAUUUUCCUAUCCAUACUAUUUCUCCCCUACACCUCAUUAAAAGUAAAGGUAAAGGGACGCCUGACCAUUAGGUCCAGUCGUGGCCGACUCUGGGGUUGCGGCGCUCAUCUCGCUUUACUGGCCGAGGGAGCCGGCGUACAGCUUCUGGGUCAUGUGGCUGGCAUGACUAAGCUGCUUCUGGUGAACCAGAGCAGCGCACGGAAACGCCGUUUACCUUCCCGCCACAGCGGUGCCUAUUUAUCUACCUGCACUUCGUGCUUUCCAACUGCUAGGUUGGAAGGAGCAUGGACCAAGCAACGGGAGCUCACCCCGUCAAGGGGAUUCGAACCGCCGACCUUCUGAUCGGCAAGUCCUAGGCUCUGCGGUUUAACCCACAGCGCCACCCGUGUCCCUAUACACCCAAUUACUUGCAGCAAAUUCCAACCCUGUUUCAGCUUCUUCUUUUUAACCAUCACUUUUAUCUUUCAUCUGUCAGCUCCUAAGCAGCAUAAUCCUGCAAUGGUUUCUCCAUGGUUCAAGUAUGUGCUUUAGUUCCUUGGUAGAGGCUCCCAACACGAGCUAGCGCUGGAUCCCUAAACCCACACUACAACUUGCUAGGACUGCUGGCGCUUGCAGAGUUCCCUUCCUCCAUCCUUCCUUUGGUGGUAAUGUCUUGGCAUGCACAACUUCUCAUAUUGAGGUGGGAGGGAGGGAAGACACAUACUCUAAGCUCAAGCUAAUCUUUCACCUUCUAAGACUGGAGCUGGGCAGCUCGGCUCAGGCAUGAAGGCAUCUGCCAGUUUCAUAAUGGGGCUUAUAAAAGGAUCAAAUCCUUGGUGUACACUUAUUUAGAGGCAUGGGAUUAGGGGAAAAUCAACUGCCACAGGAGAGAGGUGACUGCAUUUUUAAUUUCCUCACUGCAUUCUUAUAACCCCCCCACCCACACAACUAAGGAGCUCAAGGUUUUUCCAUCUCCAUGUUAUCCUCACAACAACCCCAUGAAGUAGGUUAGGCCAAGAGACAGUGAAUGGUCACCCACUGAGCUUCUUGGAGGAGUGUGGAUUCGAACUCUGGUCUCCCAGGUCACAGUCAAACACUUUUAACCGUUACACCACACUGUGCCUCUGUUCAGAUAAGAAUAGGUCAUGUCCCCUGGGCAAAACCAACACGUGGUGCAAUCCGAGAUACAUGUUUCGUAAUGCACGCAGAGCCUGUUACUAGUUCCUCUGAGUUUAACAAUGUUCCGAAAGCCAUCAAAGUACUCUGGAGCCAUAGGGUUACAUACACUCCAAAAAAAGGAUUGUGCAGAUGUGACUUCCAACAUAGAUGCAAAUUUUAAAAAAUGCCAAGCAUUUGCAUAAAAGUUCUGAUUUCGAUCUGAAGUACUAGGUCCAAGACCAGGGGAACCAGGGGUGAGGAGGAGGAAGAGGGUAGAUAGUAAUUAGGAUGGAUGCACUGCGCAGGCAAAGGUAAGCAGGCAGGCAGUUCGUAAAAUGGUCCCUCUUUGUGUUUUUGAUGACUGCAAUUAUACUUGCCUCUCAACAGACCUGAAAGUCCAGAAGUUCAUCAUGAACAUCAUCUGCGACCCAGACCUCAGCAAAGUGACCAACUGCAUGGAGCAUGCCCUUCAGGCCAAAUACCCUCGCACCCGCUAUAGCGCUGGCUGGGAUGCCAAGUUUGUGUGGCUGCCAGUCUCUUAUCUACCUGCCUUCAUGGUGGACAUUGUUUUGGCUACCAUCCUACCCAAGCCAGCCCAUCGGGCUCGCUAG